AUUGUCGGUCGGAGUUAUCUUUGGGGAGGCAGAGUAGGCGAGUUUAUUAGUCUGCUAAAAAAAUAUGUAAACAGAUAAUUUUACCCCAAAUUUGGAAUAACAUAAUGGGUAGAGUCAAAACGAUAUUUUAAAAUCGUAUUCUGCAGCAUGAGUGGUAAGACCUUAUUUCUAUCUGUGUCAUACAAUGCAUUAUUGAUACAAAUGUAAGUAAGUCAUCCAAUUAUUAUGAGUCUCAAACUCAAACUUACUAAACUUACUUAUUUAUUCAAGUCAAUGAUUCGUUAUUCAUUCCUUUAACUUAAAAUUACUUUACACUAGACAUAUUAAUAAACUCAAAAAAUUAUCAUAAUUAUUAAAAAUGAAGUUGUAAUUAAAAUGAAAUUUUAAUGAAUUAAUUUAAUAAUAAAUCACAUAUGAAAAUGUGCCUAGUAGUUCUUGGUAGUCAGAAACUAGCCUCUAGGGCAGACUGUACUACUAACCCCCCUAAAGUAGACUAGGACUAGAGUUAAAGUGGAGCAGCCUUUCCCAAGCCCAAACCUUUAAUUUUAAGUUUGGUGGGCAGAUGGAUAAGUUUCAAAUUUGCACCAGGGACUUGGACCAGAUUUAUUAAUUACUAGAUGCAGACAAUGCAUGAACUUUCCAUCUACUAAAGUUACUUGCCAAAAACGUGAACUCAAGUUACACACAUUUAAGAAUACCAAUUUUGCUACACCCCUUCCCCCCCACCCUUUUCAUGAUAUGUCACGACACACUUUUUAUUUCAAGCCGACCCACUGCUUAGCAGGUGCCGCGAGCUGGCUGGCAAGCGAGGGUGGCAAGGGAAGGGAGGGUUUGCCUGCAUCAUCUUGCUUGCUCUGGCAUAUCUAUGUAUAGCCUGCGUGGUCAUUUUGGUCUUUUUUUUUGCCCUACUUCUGGCGAAUUAUUUAUAUAGAUUUAUUUUCGUUUUAUUUAUCAAUAAAUAUUUAUGUCAUGUUGUUCCGGUCCGUGGACUACCAUUUGGGGAAUGUACAUAGUAUAGAACAGAGGAGAGAUAUAACUUAUAUAAUUAACUAAAGCUACCAAGUCUCAUUGGGUGAAUAUAUAUUAUUUGUUUUUAUACAGUUGUUAUUUAAUUAAAUAAAUUUAUGUAAUUUUUUAAUGUCAUGAUUAUAUUUGCUAAUAUUUUUAUGUGCAGCGCGGUGACCCAGCCCCUAGGCUGGGGUACUGUGCUAUAUAAGACCCCUGUAAUAGUAAUAAUAACUCAAGAGGUAAAUGCUGGUUUACCAUGGCCACCAUUUUGGUUGCCAUCAUGGCGGAGUGUUAUGGUUGCAGUGUAAAUCAAAGAAGUGCAAACACACAUCUGCUAAAAUGGGGAGGGAAAAUGAGAGAAUGUGCUGUUUUAGCUACAUACUGAGAGAAACAAAAAAAGGAACAAAACUUUAAAACUUUCAGGUGGUACAUUAUUAUCGUGGUGAACAUAGCAUCAUUAUUCUAUCUUUAUAGAUAUGUGGCAAGAAGUGUCAACGACCUGUGGUCGCUCCCUUCCAUCCAUCCCUUUGUCACUACAUCCCAUGUCUGCCUCACCCCAUCUUUCCACUCUGACCUAACUGAUGCUUUUCUUUGCCAUGCUUGGCUUCCAAGCUGCUGUAGAUCCCUCUUCACAUCAUCCAUCCAUCUAAUCCUAGGUCUGUCUUUAAGCCAUUUUCCUCUGGGGUUUUGGUGAUGCACCCUUUUUACUCCUCUAUCAUUUGGCAUUCUUAGUUAGUGUCCAGCUCCGUGUAGCCUGCCCUAUUUUAUUUCUGCUACUAGUGUGGCAUCCUGAAAUAAAUUAUAAAAUUUGUGGUUGGUUCGUAUUCCCAUCCUUAUUCAACCUUUGUUGGUAUGUAUGUUUUAGAUUUUUUUUUAGGUUUUCUGCUGUUUUUGUAAGGGUACAAGUUUCACUUUGCUUUUUAUUUAAUGUUUUUACUUUUGAGUAUUUUCUGAUUGUUGAAGUAUGCACUGUUUCCGGCUGAUAUUCUUUCUUUUACUUCUGUUAGUAAUUCAUUUAUUUCUCUAACAAUGAUCCUAGGUAAUUGAAUUGAUUUACCUUUUUAAAAAUGUGGUUUAUGAUUUUAAUGGUUUUAUCGCUAUGUUCUUCUCUCAACACAGUCAUUUCUUUUGGUUUUUUAUUGUUUACUUCUAGUCCUGCUUGUAGUGAUGCAUCUUCUAAUUCAACAAAAGCUUGCGAUAUAUCAAUACUACUUUUACAUAACUGCGCUAUGUCAUCAGGGGGUAGAGAGCAGUGUCAUGUAAAAUUUAUGACAAUUCUUUUUAUUUGUUUUUUUUAAAAAUUCUUAUGAAGUUUUCCUCAAGUCUUGCAGGACUGUUUGUAUAAUAAAAAUUUGGUUAACACUAACAGUAAGAGUUUAAUAUAAAUGCUUAAAACUUUUUUGGGCCAAUGAUUUAUUGGACUGGGGAGGGGUAGUUGCAAGAAAUGUUAUGUAAUAUGGGGGGGGGGCGGUGUUGAUGGACAUGUAAUAUAACUUUAUAAGGGGUAGGGGUGGGUAAAAAAAUGUAAUUUAUUUGUGUUAUAGUUAUAUAAUAUGAGCACAGCCUCUUAAGAGUAUGUAGACCUGGUAAGACAAGACAGUUUCAAUUAGAAUGUGGCUAGCAUUGAUUGAAAGGAUCUUAUAAAAUAGUUUUAACAGUUUUCUGAGACACACAAUUUUGGAGAGAGCUAGUUCACUGGUCAAGGGCUGAUACUUCAGGUUCUUAAAACAAUUAUUGAAACUGAAACCACUUGAUUUACUUAAGUGUGAAAUAAAAAGACAAUGACGGAUUGCUUAAAAUAUUAUUUUUUAUCUAAGGGGAUGACAUACAUCAAAAUGAGAGGCAGACAGUUUUAACCAGAUUACUAGAUGCUGUAAAACAAGUGAGUAGUUAACAUCACUUUCAUUUUUAAAUAUAUCUGAAAAUUAAACUCUUAUUAAAAAAUUCUGAUAGUCUUUGUCUUUUACUUGAAUUAAAUAGGCUCUAAAGAUUUUCUCCCUGUGUACAUGUUAUGCAUUUUAAGUUAGCUUAAACUUGCAUGUACUAAGAACACAAUCCAAUCACUCUUAUAAAGUAAUAAAGGUUUGCUGCCUAACAUUAUAUCAAAAAAUUAUUUCCAACAGUGUCAAGUUAGGUUUGGUGGUAGAUCAGAAUUAGCUACAGAUUCAGACAGCAGGUGAAGCCCUUUCAUCUAUUUUAUGUUUCAUAUUUAUUAAAAUUUCUUUUUUUUUUUAAAUUAAUAAAUUUCACUUCAGGUAAUUUGUAAUGGCAACAUAUACAUUUGAUUUUUUUAAAGAAUUAUUUGGAAAACAGUUGAUGACAAUAAUGAUCACAUUAUAAUUACAUUUAAUUUUUCUCUAUCCAGAAUAUUUUUUUAAAAGAAUUGAUAAUGUAGUCUAUGUGGUUUAAGAAAGCCACUAAAUGAGAGACAUACAGAAAAAUCCUUUUAAAAUGGCUUUAGCUCUUUGUUGUAGCUUUUUAUAUGUAGUGGAGUAUAUAGUAAACUUAUUUCAUCAUUUAAAUUAAAAAAAAAUUAUAAUCUGUUUCUUCAUUUAAAUUAGUCAGUUAUUUAUAAUGAUUUUAAAAUUCAUUUGAUGAAAGUCCUCUUACUUUGAUUUAGGAUAUCCUGCUUAUGUGCUGCAUGGGAGGCGGCCCUACAGCAUGGGAUGAAGAAAAACAACAAGGCCCUUUCUGCAUUCAAGUAACUGUUUAAAUACAUUUUUACUUUAUCAAGUUGGUUGAACAUAUUUAAAAUUUUAUUUUAACUACAGAAACAAAUCUAUUAAAGUACAUUAAACUUUUACAGAUUAAUUAAUGUGCUUUUUGUCAAUGGCAAAGUUCUGUCACAUUUAAGUUGUGUGUUUUUGUGUGUGAUCAAAUGAGAUUUUUUUUGUAUCGUUCACAGGCAGAUGACAGAGAGGGCAGGUCUAGGGAAAGUGACUGAGCUGUUCUCGGAUAUCAAAAGAAUUGAAACCGAACCAGGUAAAAAGUUUUGUCUUAUCAAAUUGUUUUAAAACCAUGAUAAUCUCCAUGUCACAUUUUAUAAUAAUUAUGUUUAACCGUGUACAUUAAUGAUAUUAAAAACAUGAACUAUUUAGGAAUUUCACAUUGCGGAUUUUUUAAGCCAAAAAUCUCAUUAGUGAAUCCAUGUUUUGAAUCCAGUGACAAUGGUACUCACUUAAAUGUUCACACUGAUUAAGCGCAACCAUUGCAUCUGAUGUAGAAAUUUAGUUUAUAUUAAUCAAUUUUACAUUUAUGUGCUAGUGCAACAGUCUGCAACUUGCUCUGAAUAAAUUCAGCUUUUUUCAUUUAAAUAUGAUUUUACCAAUGCAAGGGACAAUUAAAAUGUAAAAUAAAAUAGAUCAUCUUAAUUUAAUUCCAUUUUUUAAACUAGACAUUGUUCAUCUAAAUCCUUUUUUGUCUUCCCCACCACAGUAAUCUUUAAACUGCAAAGUAUGGCUACUAUCAAAUUUCAUCUAAUAAUUGAAAUUUGUAAACAAGUCAGCCGAUAUUAAAUUUAUAAAGUUUAUCUUUUACCACGCCAUUUCAAUCCUGUUAAUAUGCUAAUAACCAAUCAACUGAUGACAAUGUAUGCACAUUGUUAAAAAAAUAUGAUGGGAUUUAUGUACAUUGCCAGCCUACACUAUACUGCACAUCUCAACAAACCCAUGAAAAUGUUGGCUCAGUGUUUUGUUGCAGAGUAGCAUGUGGUCACAGAAAGUUGAGAAUAUGAAGUGUGAACGUACCUUAACUAUGCAUUGUAUUUUGUUUUGUUUUGGAUAGUGAGCAGAUGCUGGUAGUUUCUUAAUUUAAUUGACAUAUUGGACAGUUUAGCUAACAUUUAAAUGGUUUUGUGUGGGUCAGCAAGUAUUAAAUUGAUUAAAACAAAGUUCAAGGAAAUAGAUAUGAAAUAACAAACAAAAUCUUUAUAGAAAUGUUCCACAGUUGUAAGCAUGUUGGUUUUUUUGUUUUUUUUUGCUUUCAACAUUUUAACUUUUAUUCACAUUUUAAAAUGCAUGUUAUUUUCACUUACAGUAUUUUGGCACUAUGCUAAAGAGCACUUGACAAAACAUGAAUUUCAAAGAUUUAACAAGCUGAAAUUAGUGAACACAGACUCUGGGCGGGGGAGAGCAUGGCUCAGGGCUUCACUCAAUGAACACUCAUUAGAACGUUACAUGCAUAUGUUGAUAGAGAGUGAUGAAAUGCUGGCGUAAGUAUUGUGGUUACGGUCCCAUAGCACUGAAUAGCUAAUUUGGGAUUAUAGUGAUACAUUACCUCUUGAAUGCUGAUGAGAAUCCUUGAAUCGUUGGCCUCCAGAUUUUAUAUUAAAGAUGAGUGCAUUCGAUUGAUCAGAAAAUGCUUAAAUUAAAUUGUUUUGAGAACUAAACUUUCUCCUAUGCUUUAGGCUUUUUUAGUUUCUCAAAAGACAAGGGAUUUGAAAGUUAAUGACAUGUUGAAAAGUUUACCUAUCAAUUCAUUUUUACUCAUGUUUUUGAAUGAUAAUUGCAGUCAACAUUAUGAAGACUGGGCCUUUCUCCGUGACUUAGAGAGAAGCAGCAUGUUACCUAACAUGGCAGCAGGUAGGAUAUUAUCUAGCAUAGAAGAAAUCAUAGAUUAUCAUAGGUGAACUUUUAUAAAAAUUACUUAUAUCUUUGAGAAUCUUUAGCUACUAAAUGCAAUCCUUUAUAAGUUUUAAAGAGCGUAUUAAAAAGUGAAGAGAGUGACCCUCUGUCCAGAUAAGAAUGACCCUCUAUCUAGACAAGAGUGCCCCUCUGUCUAGAUUUGUAUCUAUUUAAUUUGUUUGUCUUUGCACAGAAUUUGAUGCUUUAAAAAAAUAAGUUAUUUUGUCUGGCUUAAAUGUAAACCAGUCUAUAUAUUUACUUGUGACAAUGAAAAAAUUGAUUUUAUUAGAUUUGUAUGCACCAAAUUUUUUAAAGGUACAAAAUUUUCAGCCUUUGAUAAAUAAGAUGCACAUAUCUGUAUGUUUGGCCCUGUUUAAUACUGUGGUUACUUAAUUUGUUGGGGGGAAAAAAAACAUUGGAAAGAUGACAUUCUUAAAUAGGCUUACUUUUUGUGCGAAUAUUUCCUAAUUUUGUGUAGCAUAUUUUGGUCAGUAAACCGUCCUGUAGAAUAACAAAAUUGUGAAUACAUAAAUAGUGAGCUGCUCCAUUUUAAAAGAUAUUUUAUUAUGUGUGUUUUAACUUCCAGGUCUGGGCUCAAUCCUCUUUGCUAUUACAGUAGACAGACCGGAACUGAACAAAGGUUACUCUGUGGCUAACACCAUACAUGUCAAUCACACUCUAGAGCCAGUGGAGGCACUUGUGAAGGAGGAUGAACCUAAACCUGUUAUAUCUGGUUCAGUUUCUCCAGCCUCAGGUACUUUUCAAAAUAUAUAUUUAAGUUGACACUGUCCUAUUCCCCGGCUGGACUUCAGUGCUGUAGGCUGCUGACAACACCCCCCCCACCCCCCCUUAAAGAGCAACCAUGUAUUUGUAGGGAGAUUAGGGUGAGGUAGUUAUCUCUGUCUCCCAAAGACACUCUUAUCUUCUGCUAGGAGAGGGUCAAAUCAGGAUACUUGACCUCUUCUACAAAUUAGCAGUUGAGUGUGAGAGGGAAGCAUUAAAUGCGUGCUUUACUUUGAGCGGGGCUGCAAAAUAUACUUUGGCGGUGAAAAAAUGAUGUCAACAAAUGUGUUCAUGUAGAUACGUGGCCUUAUUGAGGAUAAUUACAAAGUAAGAUACAUGACCUAAUUGAGGAUAAUUACAAAGAUACCUGCACUUAACUGAGUGGAUAUGAGAAUAGAUAUAAACUGUUUUUUUUACAUUUAGCACAACCAUUGCAGCAGAAACUUUUUUAUCUCUAAGGUUACAAAAUUUGUAGCUGUUGACCUUAGGGAUUCACAUGAUAUUUUAUAAGAACCUACAAAGAAGUUGAAAGUGUUUCAAUUUGUAUAACUGACAAAGCUACAAUUAUAAUUUGAUACCACAGUUUAGUACAGCAUUUGACCCAAAUGCAGCGUUCAGUAGUUAGCUAUGUGUGCAAAGCAUGUGUUGUAGAACCUAUGUUCUUAUCUGUGACCAGACUGUGACAAUGUGAUCUACAAUUAGGCAAAAUGGUUAUAAAUAUCUGCAGCAGAAUACACCCCUGCCGAGACAAUGUGACCUUGUGUUUCAUUCUAUUUUUGGAAAUGUCAUUCAUUUCCUUAAUAAAAUAUUCCCAUCCCCAAUUUUUCUCAAAGCCUCUGAACCUGAUUUAGCACCAGCUUAGUCACUCACUUGAAAGGAUUACCGAUUAUACAUUUUACUGAAUUUUAAUAAUUUUUAAGUCUUUUAUUUUAUUUUUAAAAUAAUAGUAUCAAUAAUUUUAAAAAUUCUUGAUGUAAAAGAAUUUUUUAAAAAAUAAGUUCAAUAAUUGUUUUAUGAAAAUCAACAACCGAUCAAUAACCUAAAAUCCAAUAAUCGGUUUAAAUCCUUUCAGUUGAGAUUUGGGCCUACACAUUUCCUAAUAAUGUUUAGUUAUGAAUAGAUGUCAUCAACAGGCCUGCAUUGUUGUGUAAGGUCAUGUCAAGUCAAUUUGACAACAGUCUGAAGUCACUGAAGUCAUUGUAGAUCAUGUUAAAAAUAGAAUAUUAUACAAGUCAAGGACAUUGAAGGUUUCUGAUUAGGUCACACUAAUCACAUGUGAUCUUUGAGAUGUAAUAAUGCUGUAAGUAUAAAUAAGCCUUUUCAGCUGAUAGUAGCUACCAAGUGUUUGACAAAAUCAGUGUAUCUCUAUAUUUUGUAUAGGUAUUGAUAUAUUUCACUCUCAGUGUCAAAGUUCUUUAUCUGAAUCAUGCAGUGACAUUAUUAGAUAACAACCACUGUUAUCUAUCUAUAGGCCUGUAUUUUUGUGGCAUAUUGAAAAAAAAAAAAAACCAACAGAGAAAUUAUCUGUGAAUCUUUAUCUACUUUAUUUAGUUCAUUCUGAAUAUUUUUAGAAAAUAAACUUUUUUAUGCCCAGCCCUGUCUCUCAGUGUCUGUGAAUGGACUUGUAAACUAGUCUCUGUCUCUACUUGUUAUGUUUCCCCAUUUUAGCCAAGAGGAAAGAGAAGAAGAAAAAGAAAAAAGUGCCUAACGUCGUUAGUUUUGAUGAAGACGAGACAGUUGGUACUGUGAUAACUAGGUCAGGCAGCAGCAGCAGCACUACCAUUCCAGAUUCUAUUUCACCAGGUGGACAGGAUAAGGACAAUAGUAGGUUUAUGUAGAACAAUAUUUUAUAAUUGAUACAACAAUGCAUGUCCUCCUUAAAUAGGAAUCUUUUUAUCACUAAUGUAUAUAGUAACAAGUUAUAUUUAUAACUUUCUUCUUAAUUUAGCAAAAUUAUUUCAAAUAUUGGGAAACUUGUGGCUCUAGGUUUACUUGUUCAUAUACUAUAUGCUUCUGUCUCCUGUAUACAGUUUUCUGUUACAGACGUAUACAGUUUAUGGCACUGCUGUUUGUUGAGGACAUGUACAUGUUAUGACUGAAACUGAAAAACAAUUCCUAUUUGUUGAGAACAUGUACAUGUUAUGACUGAAACUGAAAGACAAUUCCUAUUUGUUUUCACCCAGCAGAUGGAAUACAAGAUGACAAUGUCUUCACAGUAGAAACAAAUAAAUUUGGGAAUGAAUAUAGUAAAGAACCAUCACUCCCGGCUCUAGUCAGAUUCUCCAGUGAGGUUAGCUCACCUUCAAUUCAUUCCGUCAACUCUGACAGGUUGUCUAAAUCCAGCAUUGGAUCUUUUAGUGAUUUGGAUCACGACUCAAGGUUAAAUUUUUAAUAAGUGUUUUAAAAACUUUGAAAAUAACAAUCUGUUAACAGCAAUUUAAAAUAUUUUUGUCUAUUAUAAUUUUCUCCCUUGUAAUGUUCAUCAAUUUUUUUUUUUGGGGUUUAAAGUAAUAACUUAACAAAUUUUUAUGACUAAUUAUUUUAAAACUUAACAGUUGAACCACUCUAAAUAUUGAAAACUUUACAGUUGAGUGGUUCAUUUGAUUGUAUUUCUUAAGGAUAUUGAAGAAAGUCAGCUUUGUUCAUCUCAUUAAAUAAUUUCUAUAAGAAUGUCUUCUUAUUCGUGAUAGAUUAAUCUAAAGUUAAAACUAAAGCUCUUGUCAAUUCAGCUCAUUUAUGGCCCCUGUUGGUGCCGAUGGAUUAGUGAUGUACACGGAGAUGGUCCCCCUCAACCAGAAUGCGAGCUCCCCGGCAAGAUCACACGCCAGCUCUGACCUGGCCUCUGACUACCCCAGACAGAGAGAUAUGGAGAGUGCCUCACUGGCUAUUGCACUGGCACAAAGCAGUCUUUCGAAAAGGUGGGUUGUAAGAUGCAGUAUUGUAAUUGUUUCUUGUUUUUUUUUUAAAUUAUGUAAUUCAGGACAAAUAUGAUAUGAAAAUCAGCACAGAUAAUGCUGAAGCCAUGUCGGUAGGACGUACCCCAGAAAAACUUGUCAACGUCAGGUGUUUAAAUAUCUUGGAAGCGUUUUUGCUGAGAACAGAAAAAUGGACAGUGAUGUAGAGACAAGAGUGCAGAGGGCAGCUACCAAAAAGUUCCGCUACCAAGGCACCCAAGAAUAAAGAUGGAGACCAAAGCCAGGCUAAUCAAUAACUUUUUUAUUCCAACCCUUACCAUAGUAGGCAGUGCCAUAGGAAGAGAGGUAUUGGAGGAAGAGAGGGGGGUUCCCGCCUCGGGUCUUAUAUGAUGGAGUUUCGGCAAACUGUAGUUUUUUUUUCAUGGGAGGUGCUGGAAAAAUUCUCAAACCACUCUGGGUGGCCCUAACCCUAGCUACACGCAUGAAUGUCAGACCUGGACUCUGAAUAAAAAGUCUAGAGAGAUGACUCGGUCAUCAGCGAGAUGUUUAAUGCAAGCAGCAGAUGAAAGGAAAAGGGACCACAUUUGGAACGAGGAGAAAAAAAACAAGUAUUUGGUGUCGUGCCCAUUCAGCCGGUUUGAGGCCCAAUAGCAAAUUAAUUGGUUUGGCCACCUGGUCAGAAUGCCUGAUAACCAACCUGUUUGGCAAGCCCACAAUAGCAGCAGGCCAGAGAAAGAUGGCUGUGGAUCGACUGUGUUAAGGACACUGUAAAAAUCCACAACCUGAACCUUCAGCAGCCCUCAAAGCGUGUGUCAGAUCACCAGCCGGCUAUCUAGUAGAAGCAGACAGAUGAAGGAGCCUAACACAUUACUGGUUUGAUGUUGACUUACCAUUGUAAUUGCCUUACCUAAAUUUUCCUCAACAGUUACUAAUAUGUGGUUCAUACUUAAUUUAGUAUGCUACUCAUUAUAACUGUCACCAAGGUUUGUUUUCUCAUUUUAUGAGUAGAAUAAAUUAAUUAUGACUCAUAUGUAAAAGAAAGUCACAUGAAUCUAUUAUAACCUAUGUUAAAUUCUAUAAAUGUAUAUCACCUAAACUAAUGUAUUGAUUUAAGAAUCACUUAUAAGAGGGUAUGUUUUGUAGCAAGUUAGUGUAAAAUUGUUAUUUAACUUUUUUAUUUCUUUAUUUAAAACACACAAUAUUUAUCCGGAUAAACUGCUAGUUGAAGCAUUUAGUUAAUAAAAAAUAUAUUGUCUCAAUUUUACUAGUCGCACAUCGGGCGAUGGUGGUAGCCUAGAAGAUCCUACCAAGCUGUCCAAAGAUUCAAUGUCACAUGGUGAGUUUGAACCUAAAAUGACUGAGUAUAUACACACAAGAUUUCUCUGCUAUUCCUACUUCAAUACUCUCAACAUGGAGUCUGUGGUGGUUUAAAUAAAAAUACAGAGUUUACAGAUUUUCACAUUUUUUGUUUUGGAAGUGGGCCUCUUGAUUUUUGUAAAUUUAUGAAUCAGUCACUGCAGCAAUUUUCAUGAGACAUCAUGAUACUUUACUGUUUCAAUAUUUAUGAUUUUAUUUACAGAUGAGCUAAAACAAGCAGUUGUUGCCAUGAUGUUGAGGAAAGAUUCUGUGGAAGAACAGAACAGGUUAGUUUGUUAAAGCAUUUAGAGAUCAACACUUUAGAAACUAAAUAUUGUGGUACUUCCUUGGCAGAGCAAAUUUUCUUCACUUUUCUUCUCUAUUUGUUUGUAAUUGAAUGAACUGUAACUGUUUUUCAUUUUCACUGUAUUCAUAAUCUGAGAUAUGUCCCUCAGAUAGCGUGUACCUUUUCUGACUGAAUUUGAAAUUAUAAUUCACUCAAAAGAAAUACUUUUUCCUAAUCAAACAUAUUUUAGAGUCUACUUAUUUAUAAUUUGCUUCUUUGAAUAAUUUUGAGCUUGACCGCAGUGCCUUUUCAUUUUUAUUACCCAACUGGUGAACCUGCCUUCCUUUGUUUCCUAGAAAAAUGGAGGGCAUGUUGCAGCAUGAGAUGGAAACAUCAUCCACCCUAAGGGCUGAAAUUGAGGAGCUUAAAAUGCAGUAUUCAAUCAGGCAUGAAAAGGAACAGUCAAAAAUACAAGUCUUGCAAAAGUGAGUUUGAACUUUUGUUUUUACACAAUUCAAAUAAUUUAUUAAUUAAAAUUAAAGUAGGUACUUCAUACAGUGUAGACAUUUUUUUCUUGCUGCUAAUUAAUUUUUACAUGUCACAACAAUUUUACAGUUUUGCAUUUUGAUUUCUGCAGGGAAAAUGAACUUCUAAAACAUCAGCUCAAGAAAUAUGUUAGUGCUGUUCAAAUGCUGCGUACAGAGGGCAUCAACAAGGAAGGUUAGAAAUAAAUAUGACUUUUAGUAAAUGUUUGUCUUCCAGAUGCAUCAUGAUAUCAUAGUUUUAAAAAAAAUUUCUUUCCCAAAGACUUUAAAAAAAAUUAAAGUAGAAAAUUGUUACACAACUUUUGUUUGUUUUUAAUCAACAUAGACUUAAAUAAAAAUCUAUAAGAAUAAAUACCUUCUCUCUACCAGAUACGCUUGGAAUCCAUCUGGAUGAGCCCCAGCCCAGUAUACCUCCACCCAAGCCCAUGAUAGAUUACAGUUACGAGGCUGCAGAAUAUGAGAAAAAAUUGAUCCAAGUAAGAGAAACACCCUAUUAGUAAUUUGAAAAUUACAAACAGGUUAUGUUUCAAUGGCAUACAUUUCAACUACUUUUAACAGUAUUGUCUGAGCAAUUAGAUUAUAAAAAGAUACUAAAAAUUAUCAUUUGAAUUAUCAUUUAUUCGAAUUUUGUUUUACUCUUUAAACCUCCUCAUACCCAUACUGUUAAUUUAUACUUAAAUUCUACUCUAAGCCAAAGCGUUAUUUACUCUUCACAAAUAGUUUCAACACAGUUACAUAAUAUAAGCAUCUUUUUAUAAUGUUCAUAACAUUCUGCGAUAAUAAAAUGUAUUUCAAGACAGCAUCAAUCAAUUUCAAGUGACUCUUUCAAUUGCUGAAAGUGAUCUGUGACCGUCACAGAUUUUACAACUCUUCUCAAUACAUUAUUCAACUUAAUUCCACUCAAAUGUUCAUAAGAAAAUAUCAAGGCAUUAAUAUUGUUGGAAUCCACCGACAGGUUGCUGAAAUGCACGGGGAGCUGAUGGAAUUUAAUGAAAUGAUCCACCGCCAACUGUCUGCUAAAGAUGCUCUGCUGAGGCAACUUAGGGAAGAACUGAUAUUAUUACGUGGACCUGUAAGGAUGAUUCUGUUAGGAUAAUGUACAUUUAUGUCAUGUACUUUAUACAUCUGUUAAUGUACAGAAUUCUAAAAGUGUAUGUAGGUUUAUUUAGCUGAAUUAUAAAUAUUUACAUAGGUUUAUUGAACUUAAUUCUAAAUAUGUACAUAGGUUUAUUGAACUUAAGUCUAAAAGUGUGCAUAUGUUUAUUUAACUGAAUUCUAAAAUUGUACUUGUUAAUAAUCCACUUAUAAAAUAAAAAAUUAAAUUCUAAAUUAUUAUAUCUUCAUAGUUGCCCUAUGACAGACAAGUAUCGCAUGAGUCUGGUCAAGAAAUUGAAAGGUGAAAUACAACAAAAAUGUUUCAUGAAAAGUUUGUUUGGAGAAUAUAUUAUCUGAGUUUACAUUUGCGGGCAGUGUUUAGAAUUAUUGUAGCAAAAUUAUAUUUUUAAUCAUACAAGCUUCAAUUAUUUAAUUGUUUAAUUGGUUUUAGUUACUGAAAUUUUCCCUAUGAUGAUGAUGAUGAUGAUGAAAAAAUCUCUGUAUCUUAAAAAUAAUUCAGCAACAUUCUAAUUUUGUGAAUAGAUUUUCUUUCUAGUGUUAAAAUGUGAAAAUGCCAUAUGUUGCUAACAACCAUUUUAUUUUACCUCAACACUGUGCAGUCUGAAUCUUCAGCGAACUCUAAUCAACAUCUGGAUACCAUCAGCAUUCCUCAGAGGAACUUCCAACAACACUCAUCAUGUUUAUCAAGUAGGCUUCAAAAAAUUUAAAUCAAAUUUUGGGGGGGAAAGUGGGAUUGGGGGGGGGGGGGGGGGGGGGCGAAGGGUGGGAUGCCAUGUUUCUCACAAAUAUUUAUUUUUAGUUUAACUAUCUAAAAUACCUGUCUUAAGUUUGAGUUAUAUAUUGGCAGGUAUAUAUAAGAAUUCGAGAUGAAGAAUGGAAUGUAUAUCGACGUUACAGUCAGUUUCUUGACCUGCAUCUGCGACUUAAAAAAGUCUAUCCCAUUGUAGGAAAAUAUGACUUCCCGCCCAAAAAGGCCAUUGGGAAAAAGGUAAUUGUGUUAAUUAUGCUUUUUUUCUUCGACUACCAAAAGUUAAACACUUGUUCAAUCUUUUGAUGCUUGUGAUCCUCAAAUACCAAAAGUUAAACAUAUUUCCUCCAAAUAUUUAUGAUUUUAUAGAUACACAUGUUGGUAUCCACUGAUUUGAAAUUUAAAAAAAUAAUUUUCAGGAAGCCAAACUAGUAGAACUGAGACGACAAGCAUUUCAAGCAUAUCUCCGCAAUGUUAUCAACUUAAUGAUGGAGAAAAAUGAACAACUGUCAAACACAGCCACCAAGGAGAAGCUUGUGUCGUACCUGCCGUUUUUUAAGUAAGUAAACACAAAACUUGGGCAUUGGGGUGUUUUUGAUGGGAAUUGAAAAUGAUAAAAAAUAAUUUAAGAAACAUUUUAAAACUUUUCUGUUUAAAUAGAUUUAAUUAAACCAGAGUGAAGUGAGCAUGCUAAAGUAGCAUGGAUGCCAGCGCUAUAUAAAUAUCCAAUCAAUCAAUCAAGGUAAUGCAUCUGAUUCAUUGCAUAUAAUUUAACCAAUUAGAUUUUGACAGAGGAUCCUCAAGUAUGUUAUCUCUAUUGCAUUUUUAUUUUAGAUGUGAUGUGCAUCUUUAAACAAAAAUUUGAUUGUAGGGUUAAGUAAAUCAUAAGCAUUGUUUUGUAGAGGUCUUGUUUGUCCAAGUUUAACAAACAUCUCCUCUCCUACCACAGUGACAAAUUAGAAGACGGAAACAAAAAAGGGAAAAAAGGAAAACAGAAUUCUCCGACAACUAUACCCAUCACUGUCCCAGAAAAUGGCGGUGCUAGAGCAGAGGGAAGGCAGCCAGAGCUGUAUCAAGGGUUGUAGUGGUAUCUCUGUCAAGGGUUGUAGUGGUAUCGCUAUCAAGGACUGUAGUGGUAUCCCUGUCAAGGAUUGUAGUGGUAUCUCUAUCAAGGAUUGUUGUGGUGUUAGGAUCUGUAUUAAGGAUUAAUAUGACAUCAGGACCUCCUUACAGACCAUAACAUAUUAGUUUAUUUGAAAGCUUUGGCAGAAAGGCUUUUGUAAAUUGUUUAAUUGUUUUAAGCAAAGUGCCAUAGGAUAAUCUGUUUCUUUUACUUGAAUGCUACACUAAACAUGCACAACUGUUUGAUUAUUUUAACAAUGAUCUUAAGUAAAUGUCCCAUUAGCUUAACUAUGUCAGAGCUGUUCCACUAACUAGGCACAAAUUUAAAUAUACUUUAUGCUUGUCUCUAUGUCAGAACUAAACUUCCUGUAUGCUUUUGUCUAUGUCAGAGCUGCUCUACAAUCUGGACACAAAUUUAAAUCUCUUGUAUGAUUGUCUCUAUGUUGGAGCUGCUCUACAAUCUUGACACAAAUAUAAAUCUCCUGUAUGCUUGUCUCUAUGUCAGAGCUGCUCUACAAUCUUGGUACAAAUCUAAAUCUUCUGUAUGCUUGUCUCUAUGUCAGAGCUGCUCUACAAUCUUGGCACAAAUCUAAAUCUUCUGUAUGCUUGACUCUAUGUUAGAGCUAAACUUACUGUAUGCUUGUCUCAAUGUCAGAGCUGCUUUACAAUCUGGACACAAAUCGAAAUCACCUUAAGCUUGUCUCAAUGUCAGAGCUGCUCUAAAAUCUUAACACAAAUCAAAUUUUUCACUCUUCUUUUAAAUCAAGUGCGAUAUAAAGCAAAUUCAAUUUUUUCUAUCUCUGUUUUGUGUUUGAACAAAACAAUAAUAUACAGGGUUUGGUUUUGAAGAGGACUGUUAUGAAAUAUUUAUUUUGUUGUUUUUAUCAAGAUAAGACCCAUUCUAAACCUUGCUGUAGCUUAUGUCUAUAAAAUCUGAUCACGUCUUAAAGAGAUUUCAUAGUACCAGGUUUCAAGAUUAGUUUUGACACUUUUGUCUGUUUUAGAUUAUAGAACUUGUCAACAAAAUGCUUGGUAACUCGCAACUUUUGGCCUGUAAGUGUUGUUUAUUGGCUGCUGAAUCAUUUACUAAAGCAACUAUUAAGAAGCAGUCAUUGCUGUAUAAGAAUCAAACUGUAUAAAGACAUGGUGUACUAGACAUUUAACUGAUAAGACCAGACUAAUGGGUAUUGCAAUAAUAAAUGAUUAUGUGUUGCAUGAGCUGCUGAGUUACAGUGAUAUAAUAUGAAAUUUAUUUAGAAAGAUUGCUCACCAACAGUUUACCCUGGUAUAAAUAAUUUGUAAUUUUAAAUUAUUUGUAAUGAUUCAUUACACUCAGGAAAAAAUUGAAGCCCUUCAGUAAUAUAUUAUGAAGUUGUAAAGAUAUCAUUCUUGGAAAGUGGGCAUGACCUCUUAAGAUUAAGAAGCUUUUUGGAGAAUUCCAAGGCAUUAACUCAUCAAAUGGUCAAUCAAAAUAAUGUUCCUUUCAGGUGGUUUUCAAUAUAUUUACCAAAUCUAUUAGUGGGCUUGGUGUUUCAAAUCGAAGUAAAUUUCAAUUGUGGAGUACAUGUUAAAAGCAACCAUUUAUUUUUUAGCCUGUAAUAUUUUGUUAUGAGAAACUUAUUUCAAGGGAUGGCUAAAACAGUUCUGUUGAAAAGUACUCAUAUUUAAAGACAUUAAAUAGUCGCAACAUAUUUUAAGCGGGUGUAUCCAAUAUUGAAAAUAAAUAAUUGCCAAGCCAGGAUUGACAUAAUGAAUAUCAAAAACUCAAGAAAAACAUUUACAAUGCAUACUGUUGAUUUUAAAUAGCUCUUAAAUCAAAUGAAUAACAGAACAUUUUCAACAUUUUCUUAGGUUCUUCUUUUUUUUUUCUUUUUUUUAAAACAGAUUUCUUGUUAACAGUUUCAGCAUUACAUAAUUUAUGCUGAAUAAGAUAGGGUAUUAAUCUAAUGCUAUGAUUAGUUUAAAAAAAAAAAUCUAUUAAACUUAUUUGUGUACAAGUUCUUAGAUAAUAGCAUGCUUACACUGCUAGUAGUGUUCAUUUCCCCUUUAAACAUAACACUUUUUAUGUCAAUAUUAUUUGUCCGUAUAUAUAUCAUCAUAAUGAAUGAGAGUGGAUGAUAUCAAGUGCUUAUGAAUUUUUUUACCAAUUUGAGCUGAUGCUGUAAUUUGUCUCUAAAUAUCAAAAUGAGGAAGAGUUGAUGCUGUAAUUUGUCUCUAUACUAUAUUAUUUAUAUAUCAUAAACAGUUGAUGCUGUAAUUUGUCUCUAAAUGUCAUGAGUAAGAAGCUGUAUUUGUUUCCAAAUAUCACGUGUUAGAGAUGAGGCUGUAAUUUGUUUCUAUAGUAAAUAUUACAUUGAAUAAGAGUUGAGAGCUGUAAUUUGUCUAUAUAUAUAUCACAUUGAAUAAGAGUUAAGGCUGUAAUUUGUCUAUUUGUAUCACACUGAGUAAGAGUUAAGGCUGUAAUUUGUCUAUUUGUAUCACACUGAGUAAGAGUUCAGGCUGUAAUUUGUCUAUUUGUAUCACACUGAGUAAGAGUAAGGGCUGUAAUUUGUCUAUUUGUAUCGCACUGAGUAAGAGUAAGGGCUGUAAUUUGUCUAUUUGUAUCACACUGAUUAGGAGUUAAGGCUGUAAUUUGUCUAUUUGUAUCACACUGAGUAAGAGUUGAGGCUGUAAUUUGUCUAUUUAUAUCACACAGAGGAAGAGUUGAGGCUGUAAUUUGUCUAUUUAUAUCACACAGAGGAAGAGUUGAGGCUUUUAUUUGUCUAUUUAUAUCACACAGAGGAAGAUUAAGGCUGUAAUUGGUCUAUUUAUAUCACACAAAGGAAGAAUUGAGGCUUUAAUUUGUCUAUUUAUAACACACUGAGGAAUUUUUUAUUUAUUAUAUAUCACACUGAGUAAGAGUUAAAGCUGUAAGUUGUCUAUUUAUAUUACACUGAGUAAAAUUUGAGGCUGUAAUUUGUCUAUUGUCAAUGAAGGAAGUUGUUUAAAAAAGUAUCAACCAUUUAUGUACAAUGAAACUUGUGAUAAUACUUAUAUGUCUAAGUUUGGUCAUGGUAUAGUUUUGUGACAAUCAAUACGGUACUACAAAGCAUUUUUCCUGGCACUAUUAAAUGAGUUUUUUCAUGCUGUCAGAGUCCUUUUAUUCAAUUUUAUUUUUAUAAGACAGUGAGAAAAUAACUAACUUCUCGAUAUAUUGUCUAUGAAAGGAAUGCCAGCUAGUUAAAAUAGUAUCUGCUUGUGUUCCAAUUUGAGGCAUUAAACAAAUAUUUGUAUACCGGUACUUUAACUCCUACGUAAUUUAAUUAUGUUAAAACACAGGACAUACUUGAUAUGUAACUGUUAAUUAUUUUUGAAACUUGACAUACACUCUUUUAUUUAUUUGUAUUGUGAAAUAAAAGCUUUCCGUGUAUGUAUGUAUGUGCAGUCGUGUUCGCAAAUCAUUUGUUAAAAUACCUGACCUUGACUGAAAUAAUGUAACAACCAACAUGGUAGCUUGCUAAAUGAUGUACGUAUUUGUUCAUAUAUGUUUGACAUAUAUGAUCAAUAGUGCCUAGACUGUUUAUAAUGAUUGACAUGUAGUAAAUAUUUUUAAUUAAAAACAACUAAAUUUUUCUUGUUAUUGUUGAAAUGUUCUGAUCUAAAAUAUUUUUUUUUAUACUCAAGUCAUUUAUAAAUACUCAUAAUUUUGAUCAAAUACUUUAUGCUGAAAGUGUAUGCGUUGGCUGAAUGUUUGUUUGAAUAGAGUUGUGCAAUAUUGACAAUGAUAUGCCAUAAAGAAUUGAACAAAAAUUAAAUAAUAAAAUACCAUAUGAACUGUUUUG